ACCGCUUAAUAAAAUUUAAAUUUUCAUAUCUUAUAUCCAAUAUCCAAUAUCCAUAGUAGUAGUCACACUGACUUUUUGCAAAAAAACGCCGAUUUGCUCCGAUCUACAGUAGUUCCAGUUCCAGCAAAAGUUUUCGUUUUUCGAGAAAAACGCUUUCGCCUGGGGUAACGACGAAAAUUGCGCACCAAUCAAUUCGCUCAUUUAAUCGACUUACAAGAUUUGGUUAACCACCACAUCAUCAUACGAGAUAUAUCAUAUAUAACUACCUCCCUACCUUCCUUAUAAGGUACCCGAUCUGAGAAUAUAAGGAUUGGAACUAACAAAAAGGUGAAAGAAACAAAAGAAACAAAAAAAAGAAGCGAAUAUGGCUUCCAACAACGCCCUCACAGAAGUGACUCUGACGUCACUCCCCAAGCUCGCCACGGGCAAGGUCCGCGACCUAUACACCGUCGACGACAACACCCUGCUAUUCGUAACCACGGACCGCAUCUCCGCCUACGACGUCGUCAUGAAGAACGGCGUCCCCAACAAAGGCGCCCUGCUGACCCUCCAGUCCGUCCACUGGUUCAACGUCCUGUCCGAGAAAGUCCCCGGCCUAAAGACGCACUUCCUCACCACCGACGUGCCCCCCGCCGUCGCCCCCGCCGAAGCUAAACUCAUCCGCAACCGCAGCAUGCAGGUCCGCAAGCUCGCCGUCUUCCCUAUCGAGGCCAUCGUCCGCGGCUACAUCACCGGCAGCGCCUGGAAGGAGUACAAGGCCCGCGGCACCGUCCACGGCACCCCGCUGCCCCCCGGCCUGCGCGAGUGCGACGCCAUCCCCGGCGGGCCCAUAUACACGCCGAGCACCAAGGCGCCGCUGGGCCAGCACGACGAGAACAUCUCGCGGUCGCAGGCGGCUUCGAUCGUCGGCGAAAAGUACGCGUCGCGCAUCGAGGACCUCGCGUUGCGCAUCUUCCGCGCGGGCCAGGAGUACGCGGCGGAGCGGGGCAUCAUCAUCGCCGACACCAAGUUCGAGUUCGGGCUGGACGAGGCCGCGGACGAGGUGGUGCUCGUGGACGAGGUGCUGACGUCGGACUCGUCGCGCAUGUGGCCCAAGGACAGGUACGAGCCGGGCCGCGACCAGGAGAGCUUCGACAAGCAGUUCCUGCGCAACUGGCUUACGGAGAACGGGCUCAAGGGCAAGGACGGCGUCGAGGUCCCGGAGGACGUGCUCCAGGCGACUGGGGAGAGGUACGCCGAGGUGUUUAGGAGGUUGACGGGGAAGACGCUUGAGGAGGCUUUGCGGGGAUGAAGGUAUUAUUGCAGGUGUGGAUGUGAGAUUUUAAAAAUCUAAGACGCGAGAUACGCAGCAGAAAGGAGUAGAUGUUCCCUGGGCGUCUAGGUAGUGAGUAAUCACUAGCCUUCACUCGUGUUAAGAUGCGAGAAGAUGAAAUCAUAGAGAAAAUGAGAUUAAGCUCAGAUAAGUUAUAUAAAAUAAAAUCCCACCAUGUCGCCAUCUGAC